GGACUGAUGACGUAUAUUUCAGUGGACAGGUUUCGUUUUCUACAAAGGGGAGAUGAGUUGUUUCUAGUUGUUUCAAAUUAUUUACAUUUUAUUUACACAAUGCCGAAAGUAGUGUCUCGGAGUGUUGUUUGUUCAGAUACUCGAGAUCGUGAAGAAUACGACGAUGGAGAAAAACCACUUCAUGUUUACUACUGUCUUUGUGGUCAGAUGGUGCUGGUUUUAGACUGCCAGAUGGAAAAACUUCCAAUGAGGCCAAGGGACAAAGCAAGAGUGAUCGAUGCUGCUAAACAUGCUCACAAAUUCUGCAACGUCGAAGAUGAUGAAAAUGUGUAUCUGAAAAGACCAGAGGGAAUUGAACGGCAGUAUCGAAAAAAAUGUGGAAAGUGUGGCCUCCUCCUCUUUUAUCAACACCAAAUGAAGAAUACGCCAGUUACAUUCAUUGUUGAUGGUGCAGUGGUGAAGUUUGGCCAGGGAUUUGGGAACACCAGUGUGUACAGCCAGAAGCAGGAGGCUCCGAAAAAAGUCAGGGUAAUGAUGACAAAGCGAACAAAAGAUAUGGGGAAGUUUAGCUCUGUUACUGUCUCUACAAUUGAUGAAGAGGAAGAGGAGAUUGAAGCGAGAGAAGUUGCUGAUUCAUAUGCCCAGAAUGCCAAAGUGAUUGAGAAGCAGCUAGAAAGAAAAGGGAUGAGCAAGAAAAGACUGCAAGAGCUGGCUGAGCUGGAGGCAAAGAAGGCAAAAAUGAAAGGGACACUUAUUGACAAUCAGUUUAAGUAAAUUUGACUAAUAAAUGAAGUGCAAAGUUAUAUGAUGCGUGAACAUAUUUGGCUUGAUUCUCUCCUCUGCUGGUCACAUCUUCAGUAUGAACAUGUAAGAAAUGGGUGAAUUUGGGAUUUUCCACAAACAUAGUAUGGGUAAUAUUUUUAUUGUAUCUAAAGAGCCAGUUCUCCCCCCCCCCGAUUUUCAGUGUUUAUAUUCCAUUUUAUGUGCGCAAAGCUGUAAUCUGAAAUGUUUGUACAGCUAGAAAAUAGUUUUUCUAUCCUUGUUUUCAAUAAACUGCCUAUUAUAACUUU